GCCGUGCCAGCGGUCGCGACGGCAGCCACCUCUUUGGUGUGAAGCACUUCGCGGGAGAAGUUUUCUACGAGGCGGCGCAUUUUGUUCGCAAGAACGCCAGCGCCCACCGUCCGGACAUUUGCACCUUCCUGAGGGAGCAUGGAGGCAGCUUCGUUCGACAGAUGAUCACCACGGAUGAGUCGAAGCAUCUGGCAGCAAGGGGCGGACGAAAGCUGUUUGGGCGCACGCUCAUCAACAUCUUUCAGCAGGAGCUGAAUGAGCUUUGCAACACACUUGAAGCACGAGACUGCCGACACAUCCGUUGCCUUCGGCCAAACGAUGACCAGAAACCCCUGUUCUUCGACGACCAGUCCAUGCUGCGGCAGUGUCGCUACAGUGGCUUGCUGGAG